CCGCGCGGCCGCGGCCACUCGCACCGGGCGCAAGGGCUGCCGGGACAGCCCCCAUCUUCUUUGCGCGCGCGUUAGAAGCGGCGAGCGAGGCGUUCUCAGCGAUCCUGUAGCCCGGCUCUGCGGGACCGGCACCUUCUAGGUAGCCACAAUGGCUGAAAAUGGUGAUGAAAAAAUGGCUGCCCUGGAGGCCAAAAUCUGUCAUCAAAUUGAGUAUUAUUUUGGCGAUUUCAAUUUGCCACGGGACAAAUUUUUAAAGGAACAAAUCAAACUGGAUGAAGGCUGGGUACCUUUGGAAAUAAUGAUAAAAUUUAAUAGGUUAAACCGUCUAACAACAGACUUUAAUGUAAUAGUAGAAGCAUUGAGCAAAUCAAAGGCAGAACUCAUGGAAAUAAGUGAAGAUAAAACCAAAAUCAGAAGAUCUCCAAAUAAACCCCUCCCUGAAGUGACUGAUGAGUAUAAAAAUGAUGUAAAAAACAGAUCUGUUUAUAUUAAAGGCUUCCCUACUGAUGCAACCCUUGAUGACAUAAAAGAAUGGUUAGAAGAUAAAGGUCAAGUACUAAAUAUUCAGAUGAGAAGAACAUUGCAUAAAGCAUUUAAGGGAUCAAUAUUUGCUGUGUUUGAUAGCAUUGAAUCUGCUAAAAAGUUUGUGGAGACCCCUGGACAAAAAUACAAAGACACAGAUCUGCUAAUACUUUUCAAGGAAGAUUACUUUGCAAAGAAAAAUGAAGAAAGAAAGCAAAAUAAAGUGGAAGCUAAAUUACGAGCUAAAAAAGAGCAAGAAGAAAAACGAAAGUUAGCAGAAAGUGCUGAAUUAAAAUCUCUAGAAGAAAAGAUUGGCUGCUUGUUGAAAUUUUCAGGGGACCUAGAUGAUCAGACCUGUAGAGAAGAUUUGCACAUCAUUUUCUCAAAUCAUGGUGAAAUAAAAUGGAUAGACUUUGUCAGAGGAGCAAAAGAGGGAAUAAUUCUAUUUAAAGAGAAAGCUAAGGAAGCACUGGAUAAAGCCAAAGAUGCAAAUAAUGGUAACCUUCAAUUAAGGAACAAAGAGGUGACAUGGGAAGUACUAGAUGGAGAUGUGGAAAAAGAAGCAUUGAAAAAAAUCAUGGAUGACCAACAAGAAUCCCUAAACAAAUGGAAGUCAAAAGGUCGAAGAUUUAAAGGAAAAGGAAAGGGAAAUAAAGUUGCCCAGACUGGGUCUGCUAAAGGAAAAGUACAGUUCCAGGGCAAGAAAACUAAAUUUGAUAGUGAUGGUGAACAUGAUGAAAAUGAUGCAUCUGGACCAGUAAAAAGAGCAAGAGAAGAAACAGACAAAGAAGAACCUGCAUCAAAACAGCAGAAAACAGAAAAUGGUGCCGGAGACCAGUAGUUUAGUAAACGAAUUUUGUAUUCAUUUUAAUUAGGUUUUCAGCUGCGUUUGUCUUUGGAUGCUUUUAAAAAGAAAACCGAAUUAGGUCCACUUCAAUGUCUACCUGUAAGAAAGAAAAAUUUUUAUUGUUUAGCUUGUCUUUUUUGUUAUUCAAAUGAGGAUUUUUUUUUAAUGUACAGUUAUAUGUUAUUCAGAUGAUUCAAAUAUCAAAAGAAAGAUUCUUGUACUAAAUUGCCUUUGUAAUAUGAGAAUGUAUUAGUACAAAUGAAUAAAAUAUAUACUAUAUAAAAAGAACGAAAACUUAAGUUUAUUUUUUCUUUUUUUUUGCCCAAAGUAUUUGAGAAAUGAUUUAUCUUAAACCAGAAUAUUGGCUGUUGAUUAUAGGCUAUUCCAUAAUCUGUCUCCCAGGCUGGCUUUCUUGUAUUUACUCAGGCAACUUGAUAAUAUAAGAAUUACUUACUGUAAAGUUUAAGAGACUUACUGAUUUCUUUUUAUGAAAUUUGUAUGAUGCUGGCAGGUCAUAUCUCAGCUCUAU